AUGCGUCCCGAGGCCUACGUCCCGAGGCCUACGUCCCGAAACCUACGUCCCGAAACCUACGUCCCGAAACCUACGUCCCGAGGCAUACGACCCGAGGCCUGUCCCGAAGCAUACGUCCCGAGGCCUGCGACCCGAAGCAUGCGUCCCGAGGCAUGCGACCCGAAGCAUGCGUCCCGAGGCAUGCGUCCCGAGGCAUGCGUCCCGAGGCAUGCGUCCCGAGGCAUGCGUCCCGAGGCAUGCGUCCCGAGGCAUGCGUCCCGAAACCUACGUCCCGAGGCAUGCGUCCCGAAACCUACGUCCCGAGGCCUACGUCCCGAGGCCUACGUCCCGGGGACUACGUCCCGAGGACUAUGUCCCGAGGACUACGUCCCGAGGACUACGUCCCGAGGCCUACGUCCCGAGGCCUACGUACCUAGGCCUACGUACCUAGGCCUACGUCCCGAGGUCUACGUCCCGAGGUCUACGUCCCGAGGUCUACGUCCCGACCCGAAGCAUGCGUCCCGAGGCAUGCGUCCCGAGGCAUGCGUCCCGAGGCAUGCGUCCCGAAACCUACGUCCCGAGGCAUGCGUCCCGAAACCUACGUCCCGAGGCAUGCGUCCCGAGGCCUACGUCCCGAGGCCUACGUCCCGAGGCCUACGUCCCGAGGCCUACGUCCCGAGGACUACGUCCCGAGGACUACGUCCCGAGGCCUACGUCCCGAGGCCUACGUCCCGAGGCCUACGUCCCGAGGCCUACGUCCCGAGGCCUACGUCCCGAGGCCUACGUACCUAG